AUGGCUACCAAGCAUAACCAACACCACCACCACCACCGGCGCCGCCACCACGGCCGACGGCGCGCCGCAGCCUUGGUCGCUCUCGCCCUGGCCGUCGCGACGAGCCCGAGCUCGAUUGCGGCCGCCCUCGAGCUCCCGUACGUGCCGACGCAGAUCCUCACGCCCGCCGCCUGCUUCAACCGGUCCUCCUGUCGCGGCCAAGAUGUCGCCUACAUCCUCUCCCCCGACGCAACCGGCACCACCACCCAGCUCCUCGCCUUCAACUACUCGACCGCUAUAGACGGCGGCGACGUGCCCAGGACCGCCACCAAGGACCUGCCCUUCUUGAAGGACGCGCCCGCCAACACUGCCUUUGGCGCCGUCAGGACCGGCGAUGGCACCCUCGCCGUCUACGCCGGCGCCUGCGAUGCCGACGGCGGCGACCUUUGGACCUUUGACCCCGCCGCGCCAGCCGCGGAAUGGGACAAGCGGGAGACUGCGGCGGCGACGACCGGCUCGAAGCCGAAAGCCCCCUACUUUCUCGGCGGCAUCCUCUCCUUCUCGUCCAAGAUCGCUCCGGUCCCGGACCAGCCCACAAUCUACACCUACGGCGGCAUAUGCGCAUCGCCCUCGUCCGACGCCGACGCCUGGCAGUCCCGCGGCAACUACACGACGACGACGACGAGCCUCACCCCAGACGACCAGCGCGCCACCACCUCGUACCACGCCGCCGUCGCUUCGCUCGGAGGUCCCAAGUCCCCCUUUGCGAGCUUCUCCAUCACCCAGCUGCCCUCGUCGACGACCAACAUGUCCGGCACCGUCAGCCAAAGGGCCAGCUUCGUCUUCAUGGGUGGCCACACGAAGUCGGCCUUCAUCAACAUGAGCACCAUCGCCGUCUGGACUCUGCCGGAGGAGACGUGGUCCUUUGUCAACGUCCAAGCUCCCGACACCGAGGACGCCCAGAGCGGCGUCGAGAGCCGAGCCGGCCACACCGCCGUCCUCAGCGAGGACGGGCUGUCCAUCGUCGUCCUCGGCGGCUGGGUCGGCGACCUGAGCACGCCCGCUCAGCCGCAGCUGGCCGUGCUCGAGAUGAACCAGACGUACAGCUCGUGGCGAUGGAAGGUACCAAAGGACCAACCGUCGGGCAACGGCAUAUUCGGUCACGGCGCCGCCCUGCUGCCCGGCAACGUCAUGAUGGUCUACGGCGGCUGGGAGACGCAGCCGGCGACGAGCGGCAACGCGAAGCGCCAAGCUGCCGCGUCGCCCUCGCCGCGCUUCCUCAACCUCACGUCGAUGGCCUGGACGCCUUCGUACCGGAACCCCAACGUCGUCGACGCGUCCGCCCGAGACGCCGGCGCCCCGGACGCGCCCGGAGCCGGCAACGGCUCCGCCACCUCGCGCCGGCUCGGUCUCGGCCUCGGCCUCGGUCUCGGCCUCGCCUUCCUGCUGGGCAUCGUCCUCGUCAUCUUCCUGUGGCGCCUGAGGCAGCGCAAGCGGCAAGCCGGUCGCCGCGACGAAGCGGCUCGAGCCAUGGCCGAGGAUGCCAAUCAUUUCCUGCACGACGACGACAUGGCCGAGCGGCACCAUCCCUUCAUCUGGGGCUCGCGGGACUGGCGGACGGGCCACGACGCGUCGGAGCGGUCCCUCGGGUACGAAAGCCUCCGCGGCGCGAGGACCUCGCUCGACGCCAGUCCGGCGAUCCUGCCGUCGGCCGCCAUCGCGAGAAAGCCGGUGCCGAGAAUCAGCCGGGCCGGUUACCAGCCGACCGAGGGCCGCCACGCCGCCUUCGCCCCGGCACCGGGCGCCAUUCAUCCCAUCCUCGAGGACGACGAGGACGAGUUCAAUCGGCAUCGCGCCUCGCUUCCGCACGACGGUCCGCUCACGCCCUCGUCGGUGCACUCGAACCCUUUCAUCACGCCGACGGCCUCGGUCGUCGUCCCGCCCUUGGCCUUCCCGCCCCGACGGGGAUCCACGCCGCCGAGCCCCGACACCGUCUUCCGCCGUCACGACCCGGACGUCCGAGACUGGGUCUCGGACGUCGAUGCGGCAGAUGCCCUUCUGACGCGGUACAACAACCGUCCGGGGAAAGGAUCGCCAACCCGCGGCGGCUCGAUCGGAUCGUCGGUCACGGGCAUCAAGGACGACGACUCGAGGACGGGCUCGAACCUGUCCGAGUCGGCCCGCAGCGUCGUCGAGAGUCUGCGCAGGUCGGUUUCGGAGCGGAGGUCCGUUGUGGCCGAGAAUCCGCUGCCGCCGCCGCCGCUGCGGCAACGAGAGCAGUAUCAGCAGCACGCCAAGUCGGGCAGCUCGUCGAGCAGCAGCUUCCUCACGGCCCGCACCGGCUUCGGCGCCCUCCAAGCCGAGGCGCCGUCCCUGCUCAUGGCCGGACGGCCCCGGCCCGGCAGUCCCGUGCCGUGCGACGACGACGAGUCCGGGUCGCCGUCCAAGCUGAAGCCGAGGAGAAACUGGCUCGGCUCGCUGCGUCGCGUGUUUUCGACCUCGGGCGGCACGCCUCCCACGUCGGCGACGCGAGACGACUUCCCGGAACGGCUGUCGAUCGAGGCGACGGGUUCCGACCACGAGACCCGCGCCACCGGCGGCCUGAGCGGUGACCUCCUUCGCCGCAAGCAGGGCCGCCACGACUGGGAGGAGGACGCCGGCGGGUCGGCGGCCGCGCACGAGGAACCGCAGCAGGUAAAGGAUAUGGAGAACGAGUGGGACAUCGAGAGGGCCGUGGAGCAGCGUCUCGUCCAGGUCAUGUUCACGGUGCCUAAGGAGCGCCUGCGCGUCGUCAACGGGGACGACGCGGCCGCCGACGACGACGCCGAGGGCGACCUAUCCGCCUCCUCGUCCCACCAGCACCUGCACGAGCACUGGCACGAGCAGGAGCGCGGACAAGUCACUCCGCAGACAGCGAGCGUGCACGAAGCGCUUGCCGCCGAGGUCAUCGACUCCCCCAUGUCCUCCUUCUUCCCGCACGAUGACGUAUCCUCCCUGUCGACGUCGUUCCUUGCGAGCGACCGGCCGCAGCCUCAGGCGACGGCGACGCUGGACGGCGUGGAGAGCUCGGAACAGGACCUGCAAGCCGAGGAGGGAAGGCAAGGGGAACGCUACAGAGAGAGGUUCCUCGACCUGCCAGACCUCGGCCCGCUGGACCUCGACCCGCCCAAGAGGUUCUCACACUCGACGGAUGCGUCGUGGGGCCCAAGCAUCUCCGGCGCCGUCCUCACCGCGGAGGCGGUCACGUUUGAGCGGCCCCGAACGAGGGUGCGCGAGAUGGUCGAUCAGUUCGAGCGGAGCGCGUCGCAGAGUCCGACGAGGGUUGCUCGCGAGUAG